AUGCCAGCCAGCCAGUCAGCCAACAAGCCAAGAAGCCAUCCAGCCAGCCAGCCAAAAAGCCAGCCAGUCAGCCAGCCAAAAAUCCAGAUAGCCAGCCAGUCACCCAAAAAGCCAGCCAGCCAAAAAGCCAGCCAGCCAGCCAGCCCAAAAUCCGACCAGCCAGCCAAAAAGCAAGCCAGCCAGCCAAAGAGCCGGCCAACCACAAAGCCAGCCAGCCAAAAAGCCAGUCAGACAGUCAGCCAAGAAGCCAGCCAGCCAGUUAGCCAAAAUGCCAGCCAGCCAGCCAGUCAGCCAAAAAGCCAGCCAGUCAGCCAGAUAGCCAAAAAGCCAGCCAGCCAGCCAGCCGCAAAGCCAGCCAGCCAGAUAACCAAAAAGCCAGCCAGCGACACAGCCAGUCAGCCAGCCAAAAAUCCGGCCAGCCAGUCAGCCAAAAAGCCAGUCAGCCAAAAUGCCAGCCAGCCAAAAAGCCAGCCAGUCAGCCAGCCAAAAAUCCAGAUAGCCAGCCAGUCACCCAAAAAGCCAGCCAGCCAAAAUGCCAGCAAGCCAGUCAGCCAAAAAGCCAGCUAGCCAGCCAG